AGUCUUUGUCGAUCAUCGACAGAACCAUCACCCAAAAACCUGCCUACCAUGAGCACGACUCAUCCCGCUCUCCAUCCUCCUCUUCCCGCCCUCGCAUCCAACCAAAAACCGCAAACGCUCUCCGACCUGGUGCAUUUCCUCUCCGGACCGCCUUAUACCGAGACCAAUCACCCGGACAAGUUUUCGAGAUGGACGAAGGGUCUACUGGAUCGGAUCUUGCCGUUGGAUGUGUAUGCGCAGGAGAAUCAGGGUCAGGCUGGCGGGUCUUCGAAUCAGGGACAAGGUCAACAACAACAAGGGCAAGGACCAUCUCAGGGGAAUGCAUCGAAUACGAAUACUAGCAAUUCUGGCAACCAGAACCCCGGCUCGUUCAAUUCCCCGCAAAACGCCUAUCCCGGCCAAAACCAACACUACCCUCAGAAUCCUCAACCUUACCAGAAUCAAAACCAGAACCCUCAAUCGACCCAGAAUCAACAACCACAACCCGCUCAAGCAGCACCGAGGGACUUUCAUUGUUCGGAUCUCGAACUCCAGAUCGUCCAGCGGGAAAUCGGAAGGAUGGAUGGGGAGUUGGGGGGUCGAUGGGGGUUGUUGUUGUGGAUUCUCGCUCGUCACCUCCAAACCCGCCCACUCCAUCCUCAAACACAUCCUGCGCAGCUGUUUGACGUCCUAGAACGGAUCUGCGGGACGGCGCCUAAUCGGGAUCUGGGGUUGUGUGACGAGGCUCUUGGGUUGAUCGUGAGGUAUCUGGGAGAGUUGGGACAUAUCCAUCGAUGUCCCGACCGGACGUUCAAUAUCGCCCGACACGCCAUCAACGUCGUCGGGCCUCGAUCGCCUACGAGCUUGUCCAGCGUGCAUUCCGGAUUCAUCGAGUUGUGUUACAGCCAGAGGAGGGAACAAGAAGCCCGACCAGUUUUGGACGUGCUUAUCGAUGAUGUCACUUUCAUUCGACCGAUCAAUUUCAUCGAAUACCAUCUUUUCGGAGGGUUGAUCGAGAUUCGUGGGAAGAGGUGGGAGCAGGCUAGGGAAUUGUUGGAGCUGGCUGUCACAGCGCCUGCGGAGAACAUUUCGCCGUUACAGAUGGAAGCGCAUACAAAGCUCGUCCUUGUCAAUCUGAUCGUCGAGGGCAAGGCCUUCAGCUACCCCAAAUAUAUUUCCUCGGCGAUGACCAAGGCGAUCAGGGAGCAAGGCAAGAACUACGAUAAGCUCGCCGCAGGGUUCGAAGAGCGAAAUCCCGGCGUGGUGUGGACAGCCAACGUGAACGAUUUCGAGAAGGACCAUAAUGCCAACCUAUUGAACGAUGUCCAACUGGCGUUCAUCGAAUGGCAGAUUGUCGACCUGACCAAGGUGUACUCGAAGAUGUUCCUUGAGGACUUGGCUGCAAGGAUCUAUGCCAAAGACGGCUUGGGCAAGAUCCGGGUGGAAGAGGUCGCGCAAUUCCUGACAGUCCUGGUCUCGAGAGGCAAACUCUUCGCUGAGAUCACCGCCGAUCCGCUCAUUGCUCCUCGUCCUUUCGUUACCUUCCUCGAGAACCCGGAAAAUUACCGAUCUAGAUCGACGUUGGAGGACCUGAACGCAAAGAUCAGACAGAGCAAGGCCGUUGAGGCGGUCGUCACGCACAGGGACAGGGAGAUGGGGCUGAAUGACGAGUGGUUGAGCAAGGUGAUCAAGCGUGACGAUCCCUCGGCCGGAAUGAUGAGCGGCCUGCCCGACGUAUCUUCGAGCGUCAAGAUGCCCGGAGUGUUGAAGGGAGUGGGAAGCAACUGGAACGACGUCGGCUUCUGAGUAUCGAUCACGCUCAUAUAUGUCCCUUUUUUACGAUCUCUUUACGAUGUUAUGUCCUCGCUUUGUCCGUUGUAGUAAUCGCGAUUGCUCAAAUCGUACAUGUCAUUUGAUCGGUCGGUUC